AUGACGAUAUCCGGAGACUCACUGGUCGAGGCCGUCGAGGCUGUAGCCAUCGACGGUGUCGGUGACGGCAACAAGAAGCGUCCCUACCUCCUGUUCGCCGCGGCCCCUGCCACCGGCCACACCUAUCCUCUUCUCCAGAUCGCCGCGGAGAUGAUCCAGAGGGGCUUCGAGGCCACUUUUAUCGCCGGCGAAGAAUUCAAGCCUCAGCUCAAGCGAAUGGGCGCCGAGCACAUUCCCAUCCCACCCAUGAUUACCGAGGAGUUCAAUGAAGUCCGGAACAAGGUUCCCGUUGGCAUCCCCCGCCUCAUCUUCGACCUCAACGAGGUCUUCAUCAAGCCUAUUCCAGACUUGUUCAGAACCAUUAUGAACACGCUGGAGAAGAUUCGCGAGAGACGUCCGUCUCAGCAAGUCAUCAUCGUUCAUGAGACCUUCUUCAUGGGUCUUGCUCCCAUGAUGUACGGCGCACCCCUCCCGAAGGGCUUCACGACGAGGCCACCGGUAGUCGACAUCAACAUCGUCCCAAUCGUCGUGACAAGCCAGGACACUGCCCCGUUCGGCCCUGGCCUCCCUCCCGACUCGACCUAUUCUGGCCGAGCUCGGAACAAGCUUCUCAACGAGAUGUUCUUUAGCCCCUUUGGUCCCUUUGGCCAGCCAGCUCAGGAGUACACCAAAGUGCUCAAGUCCCUAGGAGCAACCAAGGAACUGUCCCCUUCGCUAUUCGAGACAUGGCAGACAAGCUACGACGUCACUCUUCAGAUGUGCUCGCCAAGCCUCGAAUACCCCCGUUCAGACCACCCAGAGGUGAUCAAGUUCGCCGGCUGCCUGCCUCCCAAGCCCAUCGAUCCCAACUACAAGUAUCCCGAGUGGUGGAGCGACAUCACAGCCGGCAACAAGAAGAUUGUUGGCGUGGCUCAAGGUACCGUCGCAACGGAGUACACCGACCUCAUCAUCCCCACGAUUCAGGGACUGGCGCACCGCGACGAUAUCAUCGUCGUCGCCAUCCUCGGCGUCAAGGGUGCCGCAUUGCCGGAGGAACUGCAAAUCCCCGCCAACACGAGGGUCGCCGACUUCCUCUCCUAUGAUGCUCUGCUGCAGUACGCCGACGUGUGGGUCUUGAACGCCGGGUACGGUGGAUUCUUGCACGGCAUCGUCAACGGCGUGCCGAUGGUGCUUGGCGGCGACACCGAGGACAAGCCCGAGAUUUCGAUGCGCGGCGAGUGGACGGGUGUGGCGCACAACCUCAAGACUGGCAAGCCAACGCCCCAGCAGGUCGCCGAGGGUGUUGAGGAUGUGCUGGCGAACGACAAGUACAAGAAGAGGGUCAUGGAGAUCAAGAAGGAGAACGAGGAGAUGAAGUCGCUCGACGUUAUCGAGAAGCACAUUUGGGAGUAUGCGGACUCUGUGUAG